AUGAGAUGGAACAAUCUAACACGACCUGCUGAAUUCAUCCUCCUGGGACUUUCCUCGAGAGCUGAGGACCAGAAGCCCCUGUUUGUCUUAUUUCUUAUCAUCUACCUGGUCACUCUGGUAGGAAACCUGCUAAUUAUCCUGGCCAUCUAUUCCGAUAGUCACCUGCAGACACCCAUGUAUUUCUUUCUUAGCACCCUGUCCUUUGUUGACAUGUGCUAUACAACAGUUAUUAUUCCAAAGAUGCUCGUAAACUUCUUAUCAGAGGCAAAAACCAUCCUCUAUAAUGAGUGUCUGACACAGAUGUAUUUCUUCCUGGCCUUUGGGAAUGUAGACAGUUACCUCUUAGGAGCCAUGGCCAUUGACCGCUAUGUGGCCAUAUGUAACCCUUUCCACUACAUCACCAUAAUGAGCCGUAAGUUCUGUGUCCUUCUACUGAUAAUCUCCUUCCUCGUCCCAUUUCUUCACUCACUCCUCCAUGUCCAAUUGGCGAAUCGACUCAAAUUCUGCGCCUCCAAUAUAAUCCGUCACUUCUUCUGUGAUGUCAACCCAAUGCUGAAGUUGUCCUGUUCAUCUACAUUUGUCAAUGAGAUCGUAAUUAAGACAGAAGGACUGUCUGUCAUCAUGACCCCUUUCACGUGCAUCAUAAUCUCCUAUCUGAGAAUCCUCAUCGCUGUUCUGAAGAUCCCUUCUGCUGCUGGGAAGUACAAGGCCUUCUCUACUUGUGGCUCCCAUCUCACCGUGGUCGCCCUGUUUUAUGGAAGUAUCAGCUAUGUCUAUUUCCAACCCCUCUCCAGCUAUACUGUCAGGGAUCGAAUAGCAACACUUUUCUACACCAUAUUGACUCCGAUGCUAAACCCAUUUAUCUAUAGUCUAAGGAACAAAGACAUGAAACAGGGCUUGGGAAAACUGAUUGUUAGGAUAAAAUCCCAAUGA